CGAGCAGUUCGCCUUGAAGAGCUCUUGAAAGAUAAACUUAAGAGAGGCGGCAUUGUGAGACCAUUCAUUCAUUGUUGCGAAGUGUACUGUUCAAGAUGGCCACGUUCAGGUUGAUAGCUGCUUGCGAUGAGAACAUGGGAAUCGGCAAUAAGGGGGACCUACCAUGGAAGUUGGACAAGGAGUUCGAGUACUACCAGAGGAUUACGACAGAGACUAAGGACCCGAAGAAGCAGAACGCAGUAGUGAUGGGAAGGAAGUCUUGGGAAUCGGUCCCGCUCAAAGAUGGUCCACUGGCAGGCAGGCUCAAUGUGGUUAUAUCUACCACUAUCAAAGAUUCUGGAAAUCCGGACGUCCCAGUCUUCAAAUCUUUGGAAGAAGCGAUGGAAGCACUCACCACUAAGCCUUUGUCUGACAAGAUUGAAGAUGUUUGGAUAGUCGGAGGCGGCGCGUUAUAUAAGGAAGCUAUGGACUCACCUAUGUGCGAUGGUAUAUACCUGACCAGAAUCAACGCUAAGUAUGAAUGCGAUGCAUUCUAUCCAGAAAUACCAUCAGAUUAUGAAGAAGUUCAUGGCGUUGAAGGAGUACCGGAAGAACUUCAACACGAAAAUGGCGUCACCUACAGAUACACCGUUUUAAAACGACGAAAGUGAAGAUUUUUAAUUAAAUUAAGGAUAUUAUUAUAUAAUAUGCUUAUAAAUAAACGUAUGUACUUUCUUUUUUCCAAUGUAAGGAAUUAUUAUA